AUGGUUCACACGCGGUUGUCGACCAUGCCGGCAGACGGCAUGGGAGGUGAAGAUGCCUUUGCAAAAGACGAUAACAGAGCAGCUAAGGCUGCGUCACAUGGACCGACCGGGUCGGUGGGGUCGGUGGGGUCAGCUGGGUCUGCCGGGUCUGCCGGGUCUGCAGGGCAAAGUGGCGACGCCAAAUCGACGAGGACGUCGUCGUCCUCGCAGUCGAUGCUGGACACCGCACACAACUCCAUCUCGUCGGCGUCGUCUGCAGCGUCGGCCUGUUUCAAGACAGCCAAGGCCAUCCAGAACGCCCAGAACGAGCACCGCAGCAGCCGGCAGACGAAGGAAGGCGUCGAGGCAGCAGCCGGCGGUAUCGCGGAGGAGCAGCACUCGUUGCCGGGCGACUUCGGCAGCGAUGCCGUGAAGAUGAACGACCACGCUGUGGCGAACACUCACACGAGCGACAGUUCGGCGGAGGAGAACGGCAGAAGCUUCAACUACCCGGGCAUCCAGAACAACCCGCAGGACGGCGACAAACGGGGUGUCAGCGAGAAGACACUCUUCGACAACCCGUCGCCGUUUCUCCACCCCGCCAUGAAGCCCAUGCAGCAGCUGCAGAAUUCCUUCCAGUACCCCGGAUUCAUGCCCUUCACGAAUGCCGCGGGGCUUCCCCCAAACUACGUCUAUCCGCUCCUGUCCUCGAUAUACUACAACAAAUACGUGCCCCCUCAACAGCCGCAGCAGCCACAGCCGCAGCAGCAGCAGCAGGGCAACAGUCCGACCGAACUGCAGCAGCAGAUGCAAAGACGACAAAAAUCGGGAGCAAAUGGCACUGGCAGCCCAUUCCCAAUGGACAGUCCUCUGGCAAGGGAGGAUGGCCAAAAGCAGUCCCUCGAAAACCUCUUCGCUAACGGCGCUGCUCCGCAGAUUUCAGAGCCCUAUUUUCAGAACAACCAGGUUUACGGCUCUGCGAAAACUCUCCAGCAGUAUUAUCAACUACAGCUGCAGCAGCUACAGCAGAUACAGCAACUACAGCAGCUUCAGCAGUUCCCGUCUUCUUUGGACCCUUCGAUAUCUGCGUCGCUCCUUGAUUCUAUCAACUUCAAGGCCUUCUUCCUUGAUCAGCACCAUUAUCAGCAGCAACAGCUGUCCGGCGCAGAUUCGCAGCGAAAAACGUCUCUCUCCCACGAGCAAUCUGAUUAUGACACCAACCAACAGCAGCAACAGCAGCAGCCUCUCCAAUUCCCUUACUCUUUGCAUAACCAGCAGCAAAUGCAGCAUGGACACUUGUCAGAAAACCAAACCCCUCAAACGUCAACACCAUCCACAUUCGGAACCCCUCUCCCGCCACAGCAACCCCAGUUACCAAACUUUCAACCCCAGCAAUUCCACCAGUUUCAGAAACUCCAGCACUUGCAGCAACUGCAGCAGUUACAGCAGUUACAGCAGCUCCAGCAAUUGCAGCAACUACAACAACUACAGCAGUUAAAACAGGCUCAAAUGCCUCAACGUGCACAGUCUCCGUCGGCGAACAAUCAGCUAUACGAUCUACCCCAACAGGCCCAGCAAAACCAUCCAGAAGUUCCACUGCAGUCUCGUAGUGAUUCAAAUGUUUCAGCGGCAAACUUUGUUCCAGACUCGAAUGCAUUUGGAUACGCCGCCAUCAACAACUCAUUAUAUCACCCACUUUCCAAUAACUUGUUACCGGAUUUUUCUCAAACAGGAGGGUUUAACGCAGGGCCACUUUCCGUUCUUUCACCAGCUUUGGCUGCUACUUUUGCCCCUUCCAUUCCGUUAUCCAUGAUCCCCAAUUUGAUGGGCCCAUCUAUUGGCUCGCUACCAAACGAUCCCAAAAAUAUGGAGACAAAUGCUGCUCUGGAAAAAUCCGGCAAAAUGAGACCUAGAUCCAAGGAUACAUCAAACGAUCCUGAUUCGCCUAAACCAUAUCGUUGCGCUCAUUGCACCUGGUCUUUCACAAGACCAAGUGAUUUGAGACGGCAUUUAAAGUCUCACAAUGCUCCACAAUAUCAUUGUCCAUUUUGGAAUGUCAGUUAUGCAACAUGUCCCCAUAGGAACAACGGCUCUUUCAAUAGAUUGGACGUUCUUAAGAGACAUUUAAAACUUGUCCACUAUGAACCUGACAACGAGAUGGUUUUCAAACUGAAAAGAAAGAACAAAAAAAAUGAACAAGAUGGAGAAGGCAACACCGAUACUGAUGGAAAGGAAUUGGCAGAGGUUUACGAUGAGGAAACUGGUGACUUGGUCACUAGGCGCAAUGAUGGCGGGUAUUGCUUGUCAUGCAGUGUUCAUUUCACGACUGCGAAAGAUUUUAUCGGUCAUGUUAGUGAGUGUGCGUUGAAUACGCCGAUGCAAGAGUGGAAGUACAAGAAAAAUGGCACUAUUGCAUGCGUUAAAAAACAAGGAGAUAAUCCAGACGGUGAAUUAGAAGAGCGUACAGACAACGAGGAGAGCGAUGAGGAAGAAAAUUUUGGGAGAAACAGGGUCAAUCCCAACAAUAAAAUCAAGACCUCCACUAUACCACCAAAUCUUGAUCCAGAGACGUCUUCUUUAUACUGUGUGGACAGUAUCGGAAAGCUAGCAGUCUUGAACAGCUGCGAGGAUAACGCAGGAGCGAAUGAAGGCGGUAUCGAAAUUGAUCCGAAAAAGAGAACCUAUAUGGUUUCUGUGAGUGAUUUGGACACUAAGCCAGAAAUUAUGGAUGAAGCUUUAAAAAGAAAAAGAGGGCGACCAAAAAAAAAUUACGCUGUGACAAACAAUUAG